GUACUUUCAGGUUUCCCAGCACAAACAUCAAGAUAACAUUCACAGCUCUGUCCAAUGAAAAGAGAGAAAAACAGGAGGCCCCGGAGUCCCCAGUGAAGCCUGUGCAACCCCAGAUCUCUCCCUUAACAAUAAACAUUCCAGACAACAUGGCUCACCUGAUCAGCCCUCUCCCUUCUCCCACAGGAACUAUCAGUGCUGCAAAUUCCUGCCCAUCGAGCCCCCGCGGCGCAGGCUCUUCAGGGUACAAAAUGAGUCGUGGAAUAGCAUCUGACCUACAUUUGAUGGCUGACAAUUCACAGUCAGAAAACGACAAGGAAGCUUCAGGGGGAGACAGCCCAAAGGAUGAUUCUAAGCCACCCUACUCCUAUGCACAGUUAAUAGUCCAAGCAAUUACAAUGGCCCCGGAUAAGCAGCUUACACUAAAUGGAAUUUAUACGCACAUAACUAAAAAUUAUCCCUACUACAGGACAGCAGACAAGGGCUGGCAGAAUUCAAUACGUCACAAUCUCUCUCUGAAUCGUUAUUUCAUCAAAGUACCACGUUCCCAGGAAGAACCAGGCAAAGGCUCAUUCUGGAGGAUAGACCCUGCCUCUGAAAGCAAAUUAAUAGAGCAGGCUUUUAGGAAAAGGCGGCCUAGGGGAGUACCUUGCUUUAGAACCCCUCUGGGACCACUCUCUUCUAGAAGUGCCCCAGCCUCUCCUAACCACUCUGGAGUGUUGUCUGCACACUCCAGUGGCGUGCAGACCCCCGAGAGCCUGUCCAGGGAAGGAUCUCCUGUGCCCAUGGAGCCGGAGCCCAGCGCCAUCCAGCCAAAACUCGCCGUCAUCCAGGAGGCGCGCUUUGCACAGAGCGCCCCAGGAUCACCUCUCUCUAGCCAGCCAGUUUUAAUUACUGUACAACGGCAGCUACCACAAGCUAUCAAACCCGUCACCUACACUGUUGCAACUCCCGUGACCACCUCCACCUCCCAGCAGCCUGUAGUUCAGACAGUUCAUGUUGUGCACCAGAUCCCAGCUGUGUCAGUCACCAACGUGACUGGAUUAGCACCAGCAAACACUUACACUGUCGCGGGACAGGCGGUCGUCACACAAGCUGCUAUGGUCACCCAGCCCAAGGUAGAACCUCAAGAGAAUGGAGACCACAAGGAAGUCAAAGUGAAAGUGGAGCCUCUCCCUGCUAUUAGCCAUGCUGCAAUAGGAGCUGCUGGUCGCAUCAUCCAGACAUCGCAGCCCGCCCCCCUACAGACAGUUACCAUAGUGCAACAGGCGCCGCUGGGGCAGCACCAGCUGCCCAUCAAAGCUGUCACCCAGAACGGAACGCACAUCGUGCCCCUGAGCGCCGCCGUGGCGGGGCAGGGCACUGCAGCUGCUGCAAGUCCUUUGCACAUGUUAGCAACCCACGCGUCCGCAUCGGCGUCGCUUCCCACCAAGCGCCAGAACGGAGACCAGUCGGAACAGCAGGAACUCAAACGUAUCAAAACAGAGGAUGGAGAGAGCAUAGUCAUAGCUGUGAACGUGGACACCCCACCCGUGGCAGUGAGUGACAAAGGCAGCCAGAACUAGAAAC